AUGCCUUCGCUCAUCGCAGACGACGUGGAGGUGGAUUCUGUGGAUGGGCUGGAGGAGCCUUGUGUUGGUCUGCGCGAUGCUGCAGUAGCAGGCGAAAAGGACCGUUCUCGGGGUUUGCCUGGGACGCCAGUCUGUGACACUUCCCCGUCACUGGACACUCUGCCACCUUCGGCAGUCAGCCUUCGAUUUCAAAGUGCAGACAGUGUUGAAGCAAUGGCUGACGAUGUUUCCGGUGCUUCCACCCACACCGAACCGUGGAGUGUCCGACAUCGCUGCAAACGUUUCAUACAUGCCUCACGUGAUGUACUCGGGCAGUACAAUGCCAAAGAAAGACUUGCAAUUGCUUUCUUGUGUGUGAUGCCCUUGAUACUAUCCGUCGUUGCGCUUGUCAUGAUCACGAUAUGGAUGUCAUCGCAGCCUCCAGCUACCACCCCAUUGCCAUUCACAUUCAGGCCACUGGACGAAGAUGGCUUAGUUUCAGAAGGAAAUCUGACAUACUGGUGCACUGAAGGCGUGCUGGUGGACAACAUGCACUGUCGUGACAAGUGCCCCGCAGGAUCUGUGGCCAUGGAAGAUGUAGAGAUGCUUGCACACGGCAUCAAGGUGCGCACAUGUUCGUCAACGGUUACCACCGACAUUGAGAGCAUCGUGCACCCGAUGGUAAUGGCAACCAGCCCCCUGCCCGGUGAAACAAUGGUGCCUUGCACAGCCAGGUUGAUGCUCAUUUUCAACACUGAGGUACAACCUGGCUUAAGCAGCGCCUGUGUCAGACUUCUUCCACGAAGCACUGACUCGGCGGAACAUGUAAUAAUACCCGUCGCCUCCGCAGCUUUUGCACACCACUCUGUGCAGUUGAUGCCCCCGACCAUCCUCAGACCGGGCACCACCUACGACGUUGUUGCUGACGCGUUCUCCUUUAUGGACGCCUCUCAGAGAGACGCGCUCCCACUACCCUUCAGCUUCACAACCACCCCGGCCACCAGCCUAAAUAUGGUUUCCAUGAACGUCACUGUGCGUGGCCUGAGCUAUGCCAAACUCAUGUCAUUGCCUCUGGAAGCUGAAAAGGUUCGGCAAGCGUUUGCCCAGGAAGUCGCAGCCUUCUCUGGCGUCUCUGUCGGUGAUGUGCGCAUUCAGUUAAAGCAAGGCUCCGUCGUCGGUGAGUCUCGGAUUGUUUUCAACAGCCACAGCUCGAGCGAGGCAACCCGCAGUGUCCUGCAAACAGGCCGCUCUGAGCUCGCCAGCAGCAUAGUGACCAGACUGCAGAACGAGGACCUUGCUUUGGUGACGGAGCCAGGGCGAAGUCUGCAGGCAGAGCUUCAGAUCCCUGAUCAGGAAAGCUUUGUCUUUGGAGUUCCAGAGGUCUUGGCCGUGUACCCUGAGAUGGCCAUGGAUUCUGAGGUUGCCCACGCCGGCACGGCGUUGCCAAUCGACUCUGAAGUGCGGCUUCAGUUUAGCGAGCCCAUUCAGGUUGGAGGGCAAGAGAGUGUGAAGGCACACGCCAGCAACAGCACCGUCCUCCUGAAAUUCUUGGAGAUCCGCGGAGCAGUGGUGCGCAUGCAGCUCCUAGGCAGCUCCAUGAAACCCGGAGCCCUUUACCAGCUGGUCGUGGAAGAGGGGGCGUUCCUGAGUUUGACAGGAGCGAACUGCACAGGCGAGAUUCGUUACUUCCAGACGCAAGGCCCGCAGGAAGGCAUGUGGAAUUGCAGAGCAGCCGGAGAGUGUGAGAUCGGAAUGCUUGGCGACAUCCCGACUGACAGCUUCGUAGGAUCGAGCCCUCUGGGGGGCUGCGCCGCCAAAGCUGCGGGGCAUCCCUCCUUUCAGGGUCCUUUCCAAGCGGCUUGGGCCGCGGCGAAUGCCACGAACUCUUCGUUGCUCGGCUUUCCAUCUGCUGCAGAAGAGCAAGGACCCUGGGAGUACUCUCUUUGCUGGAGGCCAUACACGGAUGCUACCUUUGCGGUGCCGUUUGGCACUUUGGUCGUGGACGGCCCUUCAGUCGCCGGUCCAGAUAUUGAUUGCUCUCUGGGGGCGGAAUGUCUCCUGGACAUUCCAGGCUCUGGCCACGAGGACUCUCUGGCGAUCCAUCGUGGAGAUUGCGAUGGUGAGGCUCUUCUACAGGCGGUCAGCUCGGAGAACAGAUCGUUGAAGAACGGCUUGCUGCAGCUGGGCACCGACGCCGUUGAUGCCCUGCUUGCCGUUUGUUGGUCACCACGGCCCAUGCACGACCCACCCCUGGUCUAUGUCGGAGAGCUCAUGAUUUCAGGGCCUUUCGGGCUUCGGAGUGAGGGCUUAGCCCCUGCAGCUUCGACGCCGUUCGAGUUGACUGUCGUGGGCCUGGGCAUGCCCGUCUCCGCCACAAUCCGCCUUUACCAGAACUCCUCGUGCAGUAUACCAUCAGUGGACACGAACAGGCAGCUCGAGUUCCGAAUCUCCCAGACAGGCUUUUCGGGCAGCCGGGAAACCUCGCAGAGAUGGCAGAUUCCGGCACUGGAGCCUGGGAUCUAUUGGGUCUGCUGGUGCCAUGCCCGUAGUUGCGUCGACCCCGUGGCUUUGGGAAGCUUCGAGGUGCCUUGA